AUGGCAUCGUGUGAUUUGUUGUUGUGGAAGAAUCCUGUUCAAACAGGUAAGGUUUUUGGAGGGCUGUUAUUUUUAUUGUUGGUUUUAAAGAAGGUGAAUCUGAUUACGUUUUUCUUGAAGGUUGGGUACUCGAUUUUGUUUGUUAACUCGACGGUUGAGUUUGUGUCGAAGUUAGUUUUGGGGCAGGGGUUGACUACUAAGUAUGGGGUGAAGGAGUGUCCUAAUAUAGUGGGGAUGUUGAGGCCAAAGAUUGAAGAGUUUUUGGUUCAGUUUCCGGUCUAUCAAGCGCAUGUGAGGAGGUUGGUGUUUGCUGCUUCGCCACGGCAGUCGUUUAAGGCGGCCGGAGUGUUGUAUGUUUUGCACAAGCUGGUGUCUGUUUUGUCGUUAUGGACGUUGGUAUUCAUUGGAGUUAUUGCAACGUUUACUUUACCGAUUGUGUAUAAGACGUAUCAGAAGGAAAUCGAUGGUACGGUGCAACAAGGAGUUGUGUUGGCGAAGCAGAAGUCUAUUGAGUUGCAGAAGAUUGCUUCUGAGAAGGCUGCGCCCUACAUGGAGCAGUUGGAUAAGCGGUUGGGGCCUGUUUCUCAGUAUUUGGUUCCUAAGGGGGCAGCUGCUUUAGGCGGUUCCAAGAGUGGUUCAAAUGCUUCAGGUCCAGGCCCAGCGGCCACGGCACCGGUAUCUGCUGGUGCGGGUGCUGUGGAAGAGCCUUCUAUGGCGACCACCACAUCUGCGUCAUUCCCAUCUGUUCCUGCCACAGACGUUUCUGCUUCUGUGACGAAGGAUGUGGAUGUAAAUGUUGCUCAGUUGAAACAGGAUGUUAGGGAGACGAAGGAAUCUGUUGGGUUGUAA